CCAAAUCACAGAAGAAUUUCAAAAAGUCGUCCAAAAACGACCAGGACGGGGCUUUAAAUGUUUGGGAUCCAGGAGCAGCUAAUACGAGACGUGAGCGGAUUAAAAGAGAGAACUCUCGGAGAGGAGAUGGAUCCAGUCCGGUCGUGGGUGCGUAAUGUGGGAGUUGUGGACGCGAACGUUGCAGCGCAAAGUGGAGUGGCCCUGUCAAGAGCUCACUUUGAGAAGCAGCCGCCUUCCAAUCUUCGCAAGUCCAACUUUUUCCACUUUGUCCUGGCCCUCUAUGACAGACACGGCCAACCUGUGGAGGUGGAGAGGACGGCGUUUGUGGACUUUGUUGAGCAUGAGAAGGAGCAGACAGGAGAAAAGACAAAUAACGGAACUCACUACAAGCUACAGCUCCUCUACAGUAAUGGGGUUCGUACGGAGCAAGAUCUUUACGCGCGACUUAUCGACUCCGUCACCAAACAGCCCAUAUCGUACGAGGGACAGAACAAGAACCCAGAAAUGUGCAGAGUUCUGCUCACGCAUGAGGUUAUGUGCAGCCGCUGCUGUGAGAAGAAAAGUUGUGGCAAUCGCAAUGAGACGCCCUCUGAUCCGGUCAUCAUUGACAGGUUUUUCUUGAAGUUUUUCCUGAAAUGCAACCAGAACUGCCUGAAGACAGCAGGCAACCCGAGGGAUAUGAGGAGAUUCCAGGUGGUCUUGUCCAGCACAGUGAGUGUAGAUGGACACGUCCUGGCCGUGUCAGACAACAUGUUCGUCCACAACAACUCAAAACAUGGCCGGAGAGCUCGCCGACUGGAGCCGGGAGAGUCUGUGGAGAAUACCAUGGAAUAUGCCACCCCCUGCAUCAAAGCCAUCAGCCCCAGCGAAGGCUGGACCACCGGCGGGGCGAUGGUCAUAGUCAUUGGGGAGAACUUCUUCGACGGGCUGCAGGUGGUGUUUGGAAGCAUGCUAGUGUGGAGUGAGCUGAUCACUCCUCACGCCAUUCGUGUACAGACUCCUCCUCGACACAUCCCUGGGGUCGUGGAGGUCACCCUGUCGUAUAAAUCGAAGCAGUUCUGCAAGGGAGCGCCUGGACGCUUCAUCUACACAGCCCUUAACGAGCCAACUAUAGACUAUGGUUUUCAACGACUUCAGAAAGUAAUUCCCCGGCAUCCAGGUGACCCAGAGAAGCUAGCCAAGGAGAUUCUUCUGAAAAGAGCAGCAGAUCUUGUUGAGGCCCUAUAUGGAAAUCCACACAGUAAUCAGGACAUGCUGCUGAAACGUGCAGCUGACAUUGCCGAGGCACUCUACAGCGUUCCCCGUCCUCACAGCCAGUUGCAGGCACUGCCCAGCUCACCAGCCCAUGGGAGCGUCAUGGGCCUGGGCUCCUAUCCAUCCCAGCUGGGGGUUAGCAUUGGAGAUCCAGGACAGAGCAGCCAAGGUUCACAAACUGAGCAAGCCAAUCUUUUCUUCUGUCUGGCCAGUAUAGCUUAUGAGCCUACUCUGUUGUUUCCUUCAGGUUAUAUCCGUAACUCCAGCAGUUUGUCUCCGAGGGGUUACCCCUCAGCUUCCACUCCCCAGCAGUCGAGCUACGGAGGCAGCGGCGGGAUGACUGGAGGCUAUGGGACAGUUCCCAUGACAAGUCUGGGAGUUCCUGGAUCUCCUGGAUUCAGCAGCGCCUCACCCACAAGCUCUCCCUACAUAAUGCCAGCAAGCCCCACAAUACCAGGAAGCUCCAGUUCCUCGUCAUCUCUCUUGCCUUUCUCCUCUUUCCCUUCUGCUGCUAAACAGAAGAGUGCUUUUGCUCCCGUCCUCAGGCCCCAAGGUUCUCCUUCCCCCGCCUGUCCCGCCUCAGGGGGGAACAGCUUCAGAGGUAGUCAUCCAACUCACUAUCUGACCCCGCUGUCUGAACUCACCAAUGCAGUCUAACCCUAUACUAACCAACUCAAAAGCUGUGACUGAACACGACUUGGGUGAUGUACAGUAAUGAAACGCCUGACUGAUUUAGAAUCAUAGAUUUUGUAUAUUUUUUUCUCUCCAGCGAUGACGGGCCUGGUUGUCCCCCCGAUGUAGCAAAGCACCUGCCCCCAAUCUGCCCCAGACCACUGCUUCACUUACCUCCCCUUCUUUUUGGCACUGAGCAGGGAGACCGAAAAAAACUGAUCACUAGUGAGCGUAACUUUUCCUCCCUGAUUCCAACCACUGUCUCUCAGCCCCCCUUUUUUACGACCAGUCAGAGGAACGGGUGGGGUGUGGAAAUGUCCAAAGACCAGCAAUCUUCUCCAGAUGCACAGGAUAACGCAUCAACCUCAGCUACAAACAGCAAGACUGGACAGUUCACUGCUGUAUGUGAGUCUGACAGGAAACCUCUGUUUAAUUUCACUUGAAGUUUCAAAAAGGAUCUGUCUACAGCAUCUAGUUUUUGCAAUGCCUACAAAAGACUUACAGCAUGCACUGCCGGAUCGCUGUGCGUCGACGGAUGCCGGACAGCUCAGAUAAGAAGCCGCAGCCCUAAAAUGUGGAGAGCUUACUUUGUGUGUGUACAGACAUCCUAAAUGGCAUGUGCAUACACUGUCUGUGAGCUAGAGAGAGGUUGUUUUGUAGUAGACUUUUAAAGACAACUUACAUUCCAGAAAAGUAGAACCUUUAUAUUUUGUUUUGAUUGUUUUUUCAAGGGAGAAAUCUUUGUCUCAUGGGUUAUUACUAAAAUGAAUUCAUAUAUUGAUUUAUUUAAGAACAAGCAAUUUAACUUAUUAAAGUUAGUUUAGGGAAUAAUAUAAACGUGUUUUUAUAAACUGGUUCUCUUUCCAACUGUUGAUGAAAUUAAGCAAGCUCUCCAAUUGCCAAUUACUUUGAUAAAUGACACUCUGUAAUGGAUUUUUUUUUGUGGAGUUUUGUUUUUUUUAAUUAAACUUCCCUACUUUUCAGGUUCUUGCAAAAGCAAUUAUAUGUGUUUUGCCCGCAGUUAAAGGUUAUUGUCCUUGUGUAAAGGAAAUAUUAGUUAGCUGUAUCCUUUUUAUUUCCACUUAAAAUGCAUGCUUUGUUACACCCAUGCUCUGGUACUUUUUCACCCUGACUAGUCUGUGAACUUUCAUUUCCAAUGUCUAGUCACUAUGCAGUAUAGGAAGCAAAAGCACAACAGCUCAAACAGAAAGAAGAAGGUGUGUUAAGUGGUCAUUUAUUGUCAUGUUCAUACAGCUGCAGUUCCUUGUAAAGGUAUUCAUACCUGUUGAGUUUUUCCACAUUGUGUGAGGUUGCGGCACAAAACUGAAGCUCGUUGGGAUUUAGAGAAUAGAUAGACCAUUACAAAGUAGUGAAAAAAAAUUAUGUUGCACUUGAUUUUCUACAGUUUUUUCAAAUGAAAGUAUGAUAAGGGUGAAGGGCAAAUUUGGCCCAAAACAUGCUCCAAAUUAUUUGGGACAUGUUUUAUUACCAGCAUUCUUCAUUUACUGAUUAAUUUUUUUGCUUAUAUUACCGAUUAGUAAUAUUAUAAGGAGGACUGUGAACAUAUGUUUUCAGUUCUUCAGAUUAUCAAUUGGUUAAAGUGUGGCCAUUGACUGGGCCAUUGUCUGGGCCAUUGACUGGGCCAUUGACUGGGCCAUUGACUGGGCCAUUCUAGCACAUGAAUAUAUUUUACACUAAAGCUCUUCUUUGUAGGUUUGACUCAUUUGUGAUGGCGAACAAAUGAGUUUUGCAGUCUCUGACUGUUUCUCUUCUGGUUUUGUCUUUUAUUGAGCUCAAUUCACCUUCACAUCCACUUGCCUAUUGUUGCUGAAGAACAUAAAAACCUCAGCAUGAUGCUGCCACUCCCAGUUUCACAGUGAAGAUGAUGUUUUCAGGGUGAUUUGCUGUGUUAGAGUAAAGUUUGACCUAACCUAUCAGAGUAACUUCUUUGCCUCUCCACAUGACAAACUGUAAAAAUGGGUUGACUUUUAGCAGUACUUUCUUCUUGUCCAUAAAAGCCAGAUUUGCAACAGAUUCUCUCAUCUUCACAAAGAUCUCUGAUGUUCUUCCAGCACAGGCUUCUUGGCUGGUUUUCUGAUUAAUGCUUUCCUCUUUCAGGCUCUAGGUAUAGCUGGGUUGACAUAUCUUGAUAGGUCUGAAGUUGUGCUAUACUCUUUUUACUUCCAGAUGAUGGAUUAAACUUUACUUUGUAAGAUGUUAGAGCAUUGAUAUAUUGUUUUAUGACCCAGUCCUGUAUUAAGGUUUUCCAGAACCUUAUCCCUGAAUUGUCUGUUGACUUUCUGGGCAUUCUUGCUGUUUUCUAAAAAAAGAUCAAGUUGCAGCACUUUUAAGAUGCACAUUGAAGUUGCAUGUGAAACAUCAAAAUCCUUUUCUACACUCCACAAUUUUGCGUUACUUUGUGCUGGUCUGUCGCAUAAGAACUCCACUAAAAGUGAUUUGGUGGAAAAUUACACAAAAUUCAAGCCGUAUGAAUACUUUUAAAGGCAUAGCAUUAUUCAUCACAACACAAAACUCAUUCUCAGGACGUGCACAUAAAGAACGCAAAGGGUAGCUGAAGUAAGCAAAUUUGUUUUUAGAGUUCACUUAAUCUUAUUUAUUAAAAAAUGUUAGCAAUUUAUUUUUAUGUUUUUUAAGCCAUGUUUUUUUGAAGUGAUACAAAAAAAAUGGUGCAAACGUGAUUUGUAAAUUCUAAGGUGUAAUUAUAUUUUGUGCUCCAAAUAAAA